AACAUUGCUUAAGGGUGGCAACUCGUCGCGGCUAACUUGUGUAAUAAAUACAACAUUCGACUUUAAAUUAUUGAUAAAAUUUGAAUUCAUGUAAUUUACGACUUGGCGGUGUACACACAAUCUGUGUUUGUACUGUCGCCGCUCUAAAGCAUCCAGAAAACAACCAAUGGGCGUAAACAAACAACAUUGCAAUCACUUGAAGCUUAUUAAAUUAUUAUCAAAGUGCUCCAAACUAUAACCAAAAAUGCUGCCUGCUAUCGUUUUUCGGCAAAUGCAUGCCGGUGGAUUGCACCAUGGAGCCGCAACAACAUUGAAGCACGUGCUGGGAGUAGGCGGCAACAGCUUUGUGAACUGUCUCAAUCGCUACGCAGCUGCCACGGGCUUCAUACGCAUUUCGUUCUUGGACAUCAAUCAGCGUCGAAAUUGGGAUGUUGCCCGGUUACGAUUGUAUGCAGACGCCAAGAAGCAAUCUUUGCAUCUGCGUACACUACAGGGUCGCGAUAUCCUGCAGAAUGCCAUCGACAAACAGCGCGCUGAAUUCAUUGAGCGCAAAAACUUCUUGGUCGAUGACAUACGUGAGGCACGAAACAAGGUACAGGAGCGUGUGCGCGAGAAGAUUGACGAGAUUCGCGAAGAGCGUGAAAACAUUAUGACCAUACCCAAUAUGUUGACCAUAAGCCGUGCAAUACUCUCGCCCUAUAUUGGCUACGUGAUUGUACAAGGCGACUACACGAUGGGCAUGAGUUUGCUGGUCAUUGCCGGCAUCACAGAUCUGUUAGAUGGACAGAUUGCGCGUCGUUGGCCAUCGCAGGCCAGCAAGGCUGGUUCCUUUCUGGAUCCCAUGGCUGACAAGCUGUUAAUGGGCUCCUUGGUCAUUUCUUUAUGUUACAGCGAACUGCUACCAAUGUGGCUAACGGGUGUUGUUGUCUUCCGUGAUGUCUUCCUCAUUGGAGCUGGUUUUGUUAUACGCUACAUUAGUCUGCCACCGCCAAAAACGUUUUCGCGGUACUUUGAUGCCACCCAUGUGACUGCCCAGUUGGAACCAACAUUCAUCAGCAAGGUCAAUACGGGAGUGCAGUUAGCCACCAUUGGCAUUAGUCUUGGUGCGCCCAUAUGGAACUAUCUUGACCACCCGGCUCUUCAUGGACUUUGGUAUCUAACAGGCGUCACAACCGUUGCCGCUGCGCUCAGCUACGUCAUCAAUAGACGUGACACUUUUAAAAUUAUACACAAAAAAUGAACUGAAAACAUUUACUAUUUGCUAUUACACAGAACCAUAGUAAUAGAACACCAAUUGCAAUGAUUAGUAUGUAACGACUUUUUGUAAUUAAGUAUACACAAAAACUGCUUGAAUUAAAAAUUCUUAUUUGUUUAUAAA